AUGGGGGGGGCGGGAUCCGGAGGAGGGGGUAGGGUGCUGUAUCCCGGGGUCGGCGUCGGGAGGGUCUCGAGUGGCCUAGGGGAGAGCGUGGUGACGCAGUGGGGCUCCGCCAACGUGAUCUGGCUGGCGGUCAACGACAGCAGCCCCAGGACCCUGCUGCUGCAGCUCUGUGAGCUCCUGGCCUCUCGGCCCCUCCAGGGCCUGGUGUAUGAGGAGGAGAGGCCCCCCGUGACCCCCAGGAGCCCCCUUGCCCCCAUGCUGGAGUUUGUCUCUGCCCAGACCGGGCUUCCCAUUGUGGCUGUCGGAGGUGGAGCGGGGCUGGGGAGGAUGCCGCAGGAGAGUGGCUCGAUCUAUCUACAGUUCAGCUCCUCCACAGCUCUCCAAUUGGAGGUGAUCUUCGAGGUGCUGGAGGAAUACGAUUGGACGGCCUUUUCAGUCGUGUCCACCCGUCACCAUGGCUACCAGGACUUCCUGUCGGUGGUGGAGGGCCUGACGGACGGCUCCUUUAUCGGCUGGGAGAAGAAGAACGUGGUGAUGCUCAACCUGACCGACGAUCCUGGAGGCGCUCGUGCCAGGAGGCUGCUGAAGGAGAAUGAGGCUCAGGUGCGUCUUCUGUACUGCUCUCAAGAGGAGGCCGAGAUGGUGUUCAAAGCAGCCUGGGCGGCGGGUCAGGCCGGCCCCUCUCACAUGUGGUUCGCGGUGGGGCCGGCCCUUGCGGGCCUGGGGCUGGAGGGGCUGCCCAGGGCGCUGUUCGCCGUGAGGCCCCAGGGCUGGAGGGACGAACCCAGGAGGAGGAUCGCCAGGGGAGUGUCGGUGCUGACGCACGGAGCGGUGGCCCUGAGGAAGGAGUACGGGUCGGCGGGAGGGCCCAACUUCGUCAGCAACUGCCAGACGGACGGCAACCAGACUCAAAGGGUGCCGAGCAGGAUGAGGUAUUUUAGCAACAUAACCUUGGGUGGGCGAGAUUACUCCUUCAACAGUGAUGGCUACCUGGCCAACCCUUCCCUGGAUGUCAUCUCAUACAGCCCUGGAAGAGGAUGGGAGGAGGUGGGCUGGUGGGAGAAUGGUGUGCUGAGGUUGCGUUUCCCUCCCUGGUCCCGGUAUGGCCCCUUCCUGCAGCCCCCGGACGAUGCCCAGCACCUGCGGGUGGUCACCCUGGAAGAGCGCCCUUUUGUCAUUGUGGAGGCUGCCGAUCCUGCCUCUGGCACAUGUAUCCGUGACUCCGUUCCCUGCCGGCGGCCGCUCAAUGCCAGUGUGGUUCAGGAAGGAUUGGUUCCAAUGAAGCAGUGCUGUAAAGGAUUCUGCAUUGACAUCCUCAAGCGAUUGGCUAAGAUUGUGGGGUUCACCUAUGACCUCUACCUAGUAACCAAUGGGAAGCAUGGGAAGAAGAUUGAUGGGGUGUGGAAUGGCAUGGUCGGAGAGGUGGUGUACCACCGUGCCGACAUGGCAAUCGGUUCCCUGACCAUCAACGAGGAGAGGUCAGAGGUGGUGGAUUUCUCAGUCCCCUUUGUGGAGACAGGCAUCAGUGUCAUGGUCUCCCGCAGCAACGGCACUGUCUCGCCCUCUGCUUUCCUCGAGCCCUACAGCCCGGCCGUGUGGGUGAUGAUGUUCGUGAUGUGUCUCACGGUGGUCGCGGUGACCGUCUUCAUCUUCGAGUUCUUCAGUCCCGUGGGGUACAACCGCAGCCUGCAGAGCGGCAAGAAGGCAGGGGGCUCUAAGUUCACCAUUGGGAAAUCCAUCUGGUUGCUCUGGGCGCUGGUCUUCAACAACUCUGUCCCCGUGGAGAACCCCAGGGGGACCACCAGUAAGAUCAUGGUCCUGAUCUGGGCCUUCUUCGCAGUCAUCUUCCUGGCCAGCUACACGGCCAACCUGGCUGCCUUCAUGAUCCAGGAGGAGUACAUUGACACCGUCUCCGGUCUCAGCGACAAGAAGUUCCAGCAUCCCACGGAACAGUACCCUCCUCUCAAAUUCGGCACUGUCCCCAACGGCAGCACAGAGAAGAAUAUACGAAGCAAUUACCCCGACAUGCACCAGUACAUGGUCAAAUACAACCAACGAGGGGUGGAAGAGGCUAUCACUAACCUCAAGACUGGGAAGCUGGAUGCCUUCAUAUACGAUGCAGCUGUGCUGAACUACAUGGCCAGGAAGGACGAGGGUUGCAAAGUGAUGACCAUCGGCUCAGGGAAGGUGUUUGCCACCACGGGCUACGGCAUCGCCCUGCACAAGAAUUCCCGCUGGAAGAGACCCCUGGACCUCGCCCUGCUCCAGCUGGUGGGAGACGACGAGAUCGAGAUGCUGGAACGGCUCUGGCUGUCGGGGAUCUGCCACAACGACAAGAUCGAGGUGAUGAGCUCCAAGCUGGACAUCGACAACAUGGCGGGGGUGUUCUACAUGCUGCUGGUGGCCAUGGGCCUGAGCCUGCUGGUGUUCGCCUGGGAGCACCUGGUCUACUGGAGACUGAGGCACUGCAUGGGACACUCGGGCCGGCUAGACUUCCUCCUGGCCUUCAGCAGGGGGAUGUACAGUUGCUGCAGCUUUGAAGAUGAAACCGCCCAAGGUGGAGCCAAAAGCACCCUCCCUGCCCAUCACCACGCCACCAUGGUACCCCCUCCUCCCCAGCCUCACGUCGUCACGACAGCUGUUACCAACCCUGCCAUCGCCAUGGCGCAACAACAGCAGCAACAGCAACAGCAGCAGCAGCAGGCGUACAAAACCCCUUUGCCGGGAUCUCCCCCAACGCUCGCGCAUUCUGGGUCAGCCCUGGGGCCGUCAAACACUCCCAUUUUGGGAGCUCCUCUCCCCUGCUCUACGUUUUUACCCCGUCCUGAUCGGAGAUUGGCUGUGGUGGACCGCUGGAGGCUCCCAAAGACGGCUGGCGCUAACCCCAUUGGUGUGAGGGGUGGGAUUUCGGAAAUGGGGCCGUUUCAGCAGAAGGUGGCUCCGAGCUGGGGAGGCGGCGGGGGUGGCGGUCUGGAUGGAUACAAGCGUUACUAUGGUCCAAUUGACCCUGAAGGCUUGGGGCCAUGUGUGGAUCCACAAACUGGCUCCCAAACCCCUAAAACUAAGGGGAAGGGCGUAAAAUCUUUGGGGACCCCUCGGCUGCCUCCCAAAAGUCAGGCCCCUGUACCUCUGCCACCCAACCCCCCACUACCGCACCCCUCUCCCCCUCUCCCCUCCUCUUUUUGGAGAAAACGCCGUCCCAAGAAACCCAAGGAACCGGGAGGGCCCUUGUAUGAGAACAUCCUUCCGCUGGGGAGGCGAGGGGAAGGGAGGGAUGGCACGAGGGAUGGAGGUGGCAGGAGAGGCCGUCACUCCCCAACUCUGCCGCUGCCCGUACCCGUCCCCCUCUCCCCCACUUACACCCCCCCUUCCCCUUCUCCCUCCCUCCCCUACACGUCCACCACCAGCUCCUCCUCUACCUCCAGCUCAUCCACCUCAUCCUCCGCCUCUUCCUCCCGCUCCACGUCUCCUUCCUCCUCCUCCUCCGCGUCCUCGAAGAGCACCAGGGACAGAGAGGAAGGGCUCGAUGGGGAGGAGGACGAAGAUCUGGAGGAGCUGACCGAGGAGUCCAGCUUGCUGCUGGGCCGCGAGCGGGAGAGAUCGCUCAUUUCCCCGCGCUCCCUCACUCACGGCCCCCCGCCUCCGCCCAUACCCCCGCGCAAGCCCCGCCCACACAGGGGGGAGAGGGAGCGCGCGCGAGAGAGGGGCGGGAGCCAGCUGGCCCAGCUGCAGGAGUGGUGGGCCGGAUGGGGGGAGAGGGAGAGGGAGAGGGGUGGAGGCGGGGGGGACACGGCGGAGCGGAAGCGCGAGAAGAAAAGGCGGAAAGAUAAAGAGAAAGAGAAAAAGAAAAAGAAGAAGAAGAGCAAGAAGAGGAAAAAGAGGGAGGAGAGGGAGAGGGAGAGAGAGAGGGAGAGGAAGCGGCGCAAGGUAAAAAAGAGGAAGAAGAAAGCGAUGAAAACCAAGAAGAAAAAGAAAGCCUCGUUAGGCAAGCGCUCAGAGCCCGAGGAAGGGGAUAUCGAGGCCGAUAGGGAGGCAGACGGGGAUGGAGAGAGGGAUGGGGGGAUGUCCCAAGACUACUCAUCUUACUCAACCCAGUAUCGCAAUACAUUUGGGGAAAAGAGCAGAGAUUCAGGGUGGGAGGGAGAGAGGGAUAGAGGGAGGAAGGACGGAGGCGAGGAAGAAGGGGAUGACAGGGAGGAGGAGGAAAGCGGAACGCGACGGAGCCGGGACCGGCGGCCCAAAACCUCCCGCUCCCGCUCCCACUCCAGGCACCAACCGCCCAGCAAACGCUAUCCUAAUCUUAAUAAGCUCCCUGCCUCUGUCAAAUUUUGGGUGAGCGGAAAUGGGGGAGGCGAUCCAACCACCAGUACCCCUCCCUCCUCCCUGCAUCCUCUCCUGCCCUCCUCCUCCAAGCGACGGAAGAGUGGAGAGAGAGAAGGGGGAGGGAGAUCGGGAGAGAGACGACCCUUGUUGUUGCACUACGAGCGAGGCAGGGCGCACACUAGGGAAGGCCUGUCCUUCCACGAGUGGGACUCCGAAGAUGACGACGACGACGACGACGAUGACGAGGAGGAGGUAGACGAGGAGAGGGAGAGGGCAGAGGAGCGGAUAAGGAGAACUGGGGGCCGGGGGGCGGUAUCAGAAUCGGAGAGAGACAGGUGCAGGGUGGAGGAGAGCUAUUCAGACGAGGGGUCCUCAGGUGAAUUUGGAAGAUUCGAAAGGUACUGGGAAGGCAGUGCGGGCGGGGGUGGUGGGGGCAUAGGGGGAGGGGGUUGGUUUUUCGGGACCUAUCCCUCCAGGGAGAAGGGGGGCAGCAUAAACAGUAGGGAUGACUCGAUUUUGGGGCGAGGGGAUGGAUGGGGGGCAGGGGGAGACGGCUGGGGUUCGGGUGGGGGGUUAGGUUGGGGAUCGGGAGGCGGGAGCGGCGGUCUGGGAUCCCAGUGGCCGCCCCCGCCCACGGCACUCCCUCCCCCCCGAAGAUACUGGUCCGUGGACAAGCUCCCCAUGAAGGGAGACAAGAAGUGGAAAGGGGGGGGGAAGGGCAAGGGCCGAGCACGGGACAGGGAGCGGGAAUCAGGCCCGUGCUUCUGCCAGUACCCCCACGGCCGCCCCCACGCACACUCCAAACGGAGCCGGGCUUCCUCCCGCAGCCAGGAGGAGCUGCUGCCGCACUGCCACAGCUUCAGCGGCAGCUCCAGGCCCAAGCCCCUGCCCCCUAAGCCCGACAAGAAUCAACCCAAAUCGGGUAGCCAGUCCAACCUCAGCACCCAGCAGCCCUCUGUCAUCUCUCCCACAACGGGUGCCCCUCAGCCAUCUUCAAUGGCCACCGGCAGCGCCAAGCUCCAGUACCAGAGACUGCGCUCGGUACCACAGCCACGGAGAUUCUACUCCCCUCACCUGCCCCUGAAGGCCAAAAGCCUCUGCUCUCGGAGGGGCUCGGCCCACUUCUCCAGCCUGGAGAGUGAAGUAUGA